UGGAAAGAGCUAUAAAGCUAUCAAAGAAUAGGAAAGCAACCGGUCCAGAUGACAAUUCCAAGCGAAAUAAUCAAACUGCUCGACGAUAAGGGCAAACAUUCUCUUCUAAGCCUCUUUAAUAAAAUAUACGAAACAGGACAUAUACCGGCAGACUGGCUACUAUCAACAUUUGUAAUGAUAUCGAAAAAAAUAAAUACCAAACAGUGUAGCGAUCAUCGCACUAUCAGUCUGAUGAGUCAUGUACUAAAAAUUUUCUUAAGAAUACUGCACUCGAGAAUUUACAACAAAAUAGAAGUACAACUAAGUGAAACACAAUUGCUUUCAGAAACAACCUUGCAGUUACAUAAAAAAUGGUUACUACAGUCUUCGUUGGACCAGUCGAUAUGACAACCAGUAUAUAUGUGUUUUAUCGACUUCCAAAAGGCCUUUGACCGAGUAAACCAUGACAAAUUUAUAGGUGUUUUGCAACAGGUGGGAACUGA